UCACGAAUGGAGAGCUUGAGGACGUCAUGACCGCUGUCAUGUUUCAGGCUUCUGGUGAGGACGUGAAUAAGGAAGUUGAGAAACAGCGCAUUGAGUGAGUGAACCUCCAUUCAAAGUGUCAUUUUAACGCGGAAUAAACCUUCAACCAUGGCUCAAGCAGAUAUUGCUCUCAUUGGUUUGGCUGUGAUGGGCCAGAAUCUGGUUUUAAACAUGAAUGACCAUGGAUUUGUGGUCUGUGCGUACAACAGAACCGUGUCCAAGGUUCACGACUUUUUGCAGAAUGAAGCCAAAGGCACUAAGGUGAUUGGAGCAGAGUCCUUGGAGGACAUGGUGUCCAAACUCAAAAAACCUCGUCGCAUCAUCCUCCUAGUCAAAGCAGGACAGGCCGUCGAUGACUUCAUUGACAAACUGGUUCCUCUUCUUGAACCUGGUGACAUCAUCAUUGAUGGUGGAAAUUCAGAGUACAGAGAUACAACAAGACGCUGUAAGAGUCUAAAGGAGAAAAAUCUUUUGUUUGUGGGGAGUGGAGUGAGCGGAGGAGAAGAAGGAGCACGAUAUGGACCAUCAAUGAUGCCAGGGGGACAUAAAGAGGCCUGGCCACACAUUAAACAGAUCUUUCAGAGCAUUGCUGCCAAAGUGGGCACAGGAGAGCCCUGUUGUGACUGGGUUGGAGAUGAAGGAGCAGGACAUUUUGUUAAGAUGGUCCAUAACGGUAUUGAAUACGGUGACAUGCAGCUGAUCUGUGAGGCGUAUCAUUUGAUGAAGGAUGUGCUGUGUAUGGACCAUGAUGAAAUGGCACAGGUCUUUGAUCAGUGGAAUAAAACCGAGCUGGAUUCUUUCCUCAUUGAGAUCACUGCAAAUAUCCUGAAGUUCAAGGACGCAGACGGCACUCAUCUGUUGCCCAAAAUCAAAGACAGUGCUGGGCAGAAAGGCACAGGGAAAUGGACGGCCAUCUCUGCUUUGGAAUACGGCACACCUGUUACAUUAAUAGGAGAAGCUGUCUUUGCCAGAUGUCUGUCGUCUCUGAAGGAUGAGAGGGUUCUGGCCAGUAAGAGCCUUGCUGGUCCUCAGGGUGUCAAGUUUACAGGAAACAAGACACAGUUUCUUGAAGACAUUAGAAAGGCUCUGUACGCAUCUAAGAUCAUCUCAUAUGCUCAAGGCUUUAUGCUGCUCCGUCAGGCUGCAAUAGAGUUCGGUUGGUCUCUCAAUUACGGUGCGAUUGCUCUGAUGUGGAGAGGAGGAUGCAUCAUUCGCAGUGUUUUCUUGGGGAAGAUCAAGGAAGCGUUCGACCGCGAUUCAAAACUGCAGAAUUUACUGCUGGAUACGUUUUUCAGUAAUGCCGUACAGGAGUGCCAGGACUCAUGGCGUAGGGUAGUAAGCACAGGUGUGCAGCAGGGAAUUCCCAUGCCAUCUUUUACCACCGCACUGUCCUUUUAUGACGGCUACAGGCAUGAGAUGCUACCGGCCAACCUGCUGCAGGCACAGAGGGAUUACUUUGGCGCCCACACAUAUGAGCUACUAUCAAACCCUGGCCAUCACAUCCACACUAACUGGACGGGCCACGGGGGGAAAGUUUCAUCCUCUUCCUAUAACGCCUGAACAACAGAGAGCAUCAUCUCCUCAUGGACCAGAACACAUUCCUCCAGAAGAUAAGAUCUGAGGUUCAGCUCACACUGUAGUUCUUACUGAAGUGUGCUCAGUACAGAUUUAUAUAUAUUUAUAUAAUCAUAGUGUGUACACUUGUUCGUAUGUGUUUUGUUGUAUCUUUAAUGUCCUCUGUCGCAAACAUAGCACACUUGUUUCUGUGCUCAUGUUUUUGUCUCACGGUUAACAGUGUUAACUCUGGAUUAUGGGUAACCAUUGCACUUCAUUGGGCUAAAUAAAGAUUUCAAUCCCUUUUUAA